ACGGUGUGUUCAUUGAAUAACCGGGCUGUUUUAUUGACGCAAGCGCACUGAGGCCCAACAAAGGGCCGAAAUAAGAACGACUUGGAAGUGAAUCUGAUGUAUUUAUGUCAUAAAAAUGGUGAAAUCUGUGAAGUGGCGAGUAGAAAUUAGGAUAUUCGACGUGUCGAAUCAUGACCGAGGCAUCUGAAAAUGCCUACUUGGUGCGCGUGCGUGCGCAGGUGAUGUGCCGCGACGAGGGCACGGGCGGCUGGGUGGCGCUGGGCGGUGGCGGGCUCGCCGACGUCAUGGUCGGCAAGCGGGCCCGUCACGCGCACCGUCCCACAGCAGGCGGUGGUGAUAGCAACGGCGACACAACAUCUUCGUCUACGAACGCACCUUCACACGAAUAUUUCAUACACGGAAAACGGAUUAGCGAUAAUAUGGUGGUUCUAGAAUGUACCAUAAAGAAAGACUUCCAGUACAACAAGGUGAUGCCGACGUUCCACCACUGGGUGACUGACGAGAAGAGGUUCGGGCUCACGUUCCAGACGGCGGCCGACGCCAGGGCGUUCGACAAGGGCGUGAGGACAGCGAUCGAGGAGUUACUGGACGGAUUCCUACAUGGUCUGGGUGGGGCGUGGCCAUCACUUCAUGCCUACAAAAAACACAAUCCAGCGCCCAAAGAGGACGACGAGGAGCAAAAUAUUUUUGAGUGUCUGAACCUGCCGUCGGACUCGCGGUCGAGCUCGGAGAACUCGACGGCAAGCCGCGGCCGGCGGCGGCCGCCCGACGACCUCACGCAGACGCCCAUCCUCUCCGCCAUCACGCUGCCGCGGCCACGGCACCCACUCACAGAAUCGCUGAAACAAUACGAGGUGCAGUACGAAGAUAAAGCGGCCGACGACUCGGAUCCAGACCGGUGUCCGUACGUGAGGCUCACGCCGUUCCACGAUUACACGUACCCACAAGUGAGCAGCGGGGUGGCGGGGUCGGAGAAAUCCUCGCCAAACACCAAGCCGCCGCUACUCAAACGGGAUUCUGGGUCUAUAAAGAAGUUGCACGGGUACAGCGGGCCGCCGCCAUUGCCGGGAAAGAAACCCACGGAACCGUUUCAAGCGAGGCUCAAAUGCAGACACUGCCACGAGUGGUACCUGGAGAGCGCCAACCGCGCCGGCGCCUGCGAGUACGCGCCCGACUGCUGCCGCGCCUGCAUCGACGCCGUCACCUGCAUCAAGUGCGCGCAGGGUAUGUUGUACCACUGCAUGUCGGACGCUGAAGGUGACUUCGCGAUGCACCCGUGUUCGUGUGGGCCGCCGGACGAAGCCUGCGCUAAGCGGUGGGUGGGUAUAACGCUGCUGAGCCUGCUGGUGCCGUGCCUGUGCUGCUACGCGCCGCUGCGCUGCGGCCACCGCGCCGCCCGCGCCGCCAGCCUCGCCGGCGGCCACCACUCGCCCCACCGCCCGCACCCGCCCCAACCGCAUCCGCACCCACCCCACUAGCGGCGCCGUGCCACCGCUGACGAAUAUGCGCUAGUAGACAGGUGGGCCUCGCCUGUGCUGCUACUUACUGCUGCGCUGUGGGCACUACUCGCCCCACCAAUAGCUCCACUCACCCCACCAUUAAACAAUGGGGGCAGUUCCGAAAUGUCAUUGGAGUCGAUUAAAUGCUUUUUCUUAAAGUUAUCUCUUAAAAUCAAAUUUUAAUUUAAUAUUAAAAGAAAGUAUUUAUUAUUAAGCCAUUUUGAACUAAAUUUAAAGUUUAAUCUACUAUAAAUUUAGUUCACGAUGAUCGUUAGAAGAUUUCGCUAUUAAAAACUAAAAUCUAGUUUUAGAGAGAUUUAGAGAAUGAUACUUUCAAAUCCCUACAUUCUCUAAAAUGUUAAUCUAUUUUAAGAGAUAAUUUUACAGAAAAGCAUUUUAACAUCAUACAUUUAAACUUUCUAUCUGCAUCUCUAAAAUUUGUGAGUUUUAGAGACCAGAAAUUAGUGUGGAAUGACUUCAUAAUCUGCCCCAUUACCUCCUAAAUAUUAGAAGCAAUAUGUACAGAUAAAACCAUAGAUUGGUUUGAAUUGUGGUCUACAAAACAGUAUGGGACGAAGUGAAGUAUGCUGUUUGCAAGUUAAUUGAAGAUUUGACCUCAAUUUGAAGAAUUGGUUGAGCAAAGACAAAGUUCGACACGAUCAUUUUUGUAGGCAUCAACACCAAUAUCUAGAACACUCUAUUUCUGUAUUAUCAUCCGAUAUAAUUAUAAGUUUGAGGCAUCAGCGAAUGGUGUGAAAUAUUUAGAGAACAAGAAUUACUAAAUCCUCAAAAGGUUGUUAAUAAUGAACUAAAAACAAGUUUUAAACUUGUAGAGAAAUAGUGUUAAUUUGUGGCAUUCAGAGUCGUUAAGUGAAAAUGGAAUUUGUGCUAUGAACAUAGUGCAUAAAGUGAUUUUAGUGUUGCAGUGACAGUGGCAACACUGAAUAUUCUGUGGUGUAGUGAGAAUGUUGGAACUCUUAAAUAUUUAUAAGUGGCAACACUAGUGAAGUGAAAAUCCAAAACGACUUUCCAAGCUUGCGAGGGACAUUUUUAAAUCUGUUGCCGCAAUGUUGCCACUUUAUAAGAACUAUUUUUAAAUAUUCAGUGUUUUUAGCGGUUAAUAUUUGGAAGGGCUUGCUAAUUCGCCAUGGUUCAGAAAUGUCUGCAGUUCAUGAAAUGUGUAUUGUGCCAUAAAUAAAAUGUACCUACGAUGUUUGAAUUGAAUAUAUUUCCAUUGUUUUUUCACGCAAAUUUCAGUCUUCCAUUUCGGAUUUAGUGUUUUUUCUGUCGGUAAUCGUUUAUAAUUAGAUCUGUUUACGUAAUCUCAACAGUUACAGUUGUGGAAAUUCUAUAUAUAUGUUUGGCGUAGACAAAUAAUAAAUAUAUAUUACUAUAUACAAAAGUUAACAUAUCUCAUUAUUGUUAUUCUCUUUAUACAUACGCGCUUAUCAUGUUCCUUAGCCUUUAUCCAUGACAAGUGUGUGCGUCUACAGAAAAAAAAAAAAACAUUUUUCUAUUACGUACAUUAGUGUACUCAACUUUUUUUGUAAUUAGAAUUAUUUGCAAAUACGGGUAGUAAUGUUACCUAGUGCAGCAUUUCUUUUUAAAGUUGUAUUUUUUUUUUAUAAAUAUUUUUUUUCUUUCGCCGACAUUUUUCUUCUAUUAAGAAAUUAAAUGUAAAACUUAAUGUAAUCGUAAUGUCACUUUAAACAGCAUCAUAUUUAUUAUUAGUGUUUAAAUAUAGUUGACAUUAAUACGUUGAGAGUUUUUAAGCAUUAUAUAAAUGUUCAUGUGGUAAAUUUUACAUAAAUUCGUGACUAGAUUUUAAGUAAUAUAAUAUAUAUAAUUGUAAAUCACACGCAUUCUCGUCACCAUUUCUUUACGAUAUUAAAUUUGUCUAGUCUUUAUAAUGAUCAGUAUUUUUUCCAUUCAUUCACAUUUAUUUACUCAUUCUGUUUAAUAAAAAAAAAAAAAGAAUAAAUAAAAACGACCAAAUGUUUUUGUAUAUUUAUAAAUAAGAUUGUCGCGGAAAAGAUCUCAGGCACACCCUAUGUUUGGGGUCUUGCACUCGUGAUUGAAUUAAAAAAAAAAAAACGAAAUAAUUAAAAUUUAAAACGUAAAAUAUAAAAUCUUAUAUGUUUUCAUGAGAUAAAGGGCUCAACUUGUGGAAACUAAUUUAGAUUUUAUAUUUUCAUUUGCACAAGUGAUUUGGCUCAUUCGAAUCACUUUUGCGAUUACAGAGACAGGAACGUAAGACGAAAAAAAAAAAUAGAAUGACAGAUAACAUAUUAUAAGGUGAUGAAUACGCCAGCGUAAGGCCCCCUUACACGGUCGCCUGGACUUUUUCCGUUAAAACUUUGUUACUCCGCAUAAACAAAUUUAAAUAUUGUAUUAAAUAAGUAAUUGUAUUAAAUGUUUAAUUAUAUAUUUAAGAACUGUAUUUUACUGUUUUUUAAAUAUUAACAUCUUGGUAUGAGAUUGGUUGAAAUGAUAUCCAAAAUUAUUAUGUUCCAUAAAGAAAUAUAAAGAGACUUAAAUAUUUACUGUAGUGAAUUUAAUUCUUAUAAGAUAUAAAACUAAAAUAUCAGUGUUUAGUGUCUCGAUCAUAUAUAUAAAUUAAGCAUAUUGGACGAUUCACAAAUUUGCCAGUUACAAAGUCGAUAAUGGUUGAAUGAGAUAUCCAAAAAAAAGAAACUGAAAAACUUGUUUAACGGAUGAUAAAUGUAUUGAAAUAUUAAAUAAAUAAUCGUACAUAUA